ACAGCAGCAUCACACCUUCGCCAUGGCCUUCAAGCUGAUCGUGGUCGCCCUGUGCGCCUUUGUCGCCUCGGUCAACGCCAGCUUCGGCUACGGCGCCGGCUACGGCUACGCGGCGCCGGCGGUGCUGGCGCGGUCGUACGUGGCCCCGCGGGCCGUCAGCGGCUACAGCAGCGGCGUCACCCACGCCGUGGCGGUGGAGAAGCACACGGUGGCGACUCCGCUGGCGUACGGGUACCGCGCUCAUGGCUACGCCGCGCCGGCCGUGGUGGCCAAGAGCUACGUCGCCCCUGCUCACGGAUAUGCUGCGCCGGCCGUCGUCGCUAAGACCUACGCUGCCCCGGCCUAUGGCUACGCUGCCCCGGCCUAUGGAUACGCUGCCCCGACCUAUGGCUACGCUGCCCCGGCCUAUGGCUACGCUGCCCCGGCCUACGGCUACGUUCACUGAACACCACGACGGACCUGGCCGCCUCGUCUAGAGUCCACGCCUGUCUGCGCUCCAUCGGCCUCUCGGGCGGGACUGAGCGAGGCGGACGACGUUGCGCGCGGAACUCGACUCCACACCCCCGCCGAUGUUCCGUCGGCCAGUGUGUGCUCAAUCAAAGCACGUACUGUUGUGUGCUCAGCAACUGUGCGACCGCACAGUGGCUGUUGUCUGUUCAAAUGCACGUGAAUACAUUCUCAUUACGCGUUG